AUGGGUGUGAUACGCAAGAAGACCGCCUCGCGCGGCACUGAGGCGGGCACCAAGUUCCACUGCGACGUGUGUUCGAUCGAUGUCACCUCAACUGUUCGCAUCUCAUGUGCACACCCCAACUGCCCCGAAUACGAUCUUUGUGUGCCAUGUUUCUCGGCCGGUGAAAGCUCAAAAAACCACGAACCAGCAACACAUCCGUUCUCGGUGAUAGAGCAAAACUCCGUUCCCAUCUUCCAAGGGGAUUGGGGCGCCGACGAAGAGCUGCUGUUGCUGGAAGGCGCCGAGAUCUAUGGGCUGGGGUCAUGGGCGGAUAUUGCAGACCAUAUCGGAGGUUACCGCGACAAGGAUGAGGUUCGCGAUCAUUAUUACGAUACCUACGUGAAGAGUGAGCACUUCCCGCUCGCAGAUCACGCAGACCCACACGACAGAAACCUGCAAGACUCGAUCUCCAAAGAGGAAUUCCAAACACGGAAGAAGCGGCGGAUCGAAGAUCGCAAGGAUGCAGCCAAAGCGGCGCCCCCGACUACACCGAAACAGAAGCCCACCGCCAGUGUACCGGCAUGUCACGAGGUGCAAGGCUACAUGCCCGGACGACUGGAGUUUGAGACCGAGUUCCUGAAUGAUGCUGAAGAAGCAGUCCAGCACAUGACUUUCGAGCCCGGUGCAGGACUCAACGAAAAUGGCGAACCGGAUGCAGAGACAGAGCUCAAGAUGACUGUGGUCGAUAUCUAUAACUCUCGCCUCACAGCGCGUACGGAGCGCAAGAAAAUCCUAUUCGAGCACAACCUCCUCGAAUACCGAAAGAAUACCGCCCUUGAUAAGAAGCGGUCCAAAGAAGAGCGAGACCUGCUGAACAAGGCCAAGCCUUUAGCACGCAUGAUGAAUCGCAAGGACUUUGAAGAUCUGAACAAGGGACUGGAAUACGAGCAUAAUCUCCGCCUGGCCAUUGCCCAACUUCAAGAAUGGCGCUCAAUGGGCAUCGGGGAUUUGAAGGCCGGUGAAAAGUUUGAGCAGGACAAACAACAGCGCGUGCAGCGAUUACUCCCCCAAGGCUCCUUUGAUCGCUUCGCCAGCAAUCGCCCCAAGCAACCCCAAUUGACAGAAACUCCGGCAGCCGCAAUACAAUUGACCACCCCCGAACUCCCGAUCCGACUACAGAAAGCUGCAAACCCGCACGGGCCUGUCGAUCCUGCCGAUGAACCAUUAAACGAUUUCGAUCGCGCGUUUGCUGUCGAUGGUGAUGCCCCUCCCCCGCAACCCGCAAAGACAAAAUACGUGGUUCCACCGCUGAGCGGGAUGCCGCCUUGGAAAUUGAAUAAUGACACUGCGGCCGAUUUACAUCUUCUGACCAAGGAAGAGACGGAGGUUUGCAAUGUGCUCCGCAUUAUGCCGAAGCCGUACCUGGUCGUCAAGGAGACUUUGUUGAAGGAAGCGAUGAAACAGGGUGGUAGCUUGAAGAAGAAGGAUGCCCGCACAAUCUGCAAGAUUGAGGGAACCAAAAUCAGUCGCAUCUAUGAUUUCAUGGUCCACAGUGGAUGGAUCAACAAGGCGUAG